AUGGGUUCCCUGUUGAAAAUGAUUCCGCUGAUCUGGAAAUUUCCCAAGAGUAACAUUUUCGAGUGUAUGGUUUUGCAUUAUUUUUUUCUAAAGUUCAAUGGUUACGCUUGCUUUACCAUCGUGGGAGAGAUGGAAACGGGGGAAAUUCGAACCAGCAUCUUCGACCGGUUUGUGUUUCUGUUUCAUACGACGCUGGCAUGCGGCUUGCUGAUGGCUAGCCUGAUGUUCGUCUCGCCGGCUUCCAACAUGUCCCCGCUGAUGAUCGUCGGUGGUAAGCUGAUUUGGUUCACCUGCUACAUUGCGACCUUGUUCGGAAUAGUGUGGAACUUCCUGCAUCGGAGCAAAGUUUGGUCGCUUUACACGAGCGUUUAUAACGUGGAUAAGUUGUUACUAUCACUUGGUGCGAAAAUGUAUUACACUGAGACCUACAUUGUUAUAAUUGUGUUCUCCGCGAUUGCAAUGGGCUUCUUGAGUAUACUUGAUUACGUGCAGUUUAGGGAUGGGAAAGCCAGCAUAGUAGACUUCCUAACUAUGAGCUACUCAAAUCUCAGUCUCACGAUGCUCUUAACAAUAUUUUGCAUCGCAGGAUGCCUGAUUUUGUUUCGUCUUUGGACACUCAAUAGAUUGCUGGAAGACAACCUCAUUCAAACGGGAAAUCCAAAAAUACUCCCAGUUUUGGAAAAGGACUCCGUUCGGACGAUUCAAAAGUACAUGCAGAUCUACGAUCAAUUGUGUGAUCUGACGGAUACCGUUAAUUUUUGCUACAGUGGACAGGUCAUGAUCGCCGUGGCUGGAUCAUUUGUGUUUCUGCUGUUCUUCCUGUUCGGAGUUGUGCUUUUUGUUAAGCGUAACGAUCCCAUUUUAGACUUUCCUGCUACGACAGUUAUGUGGAGCUUGUUUUACUUUGUCAACGUCAUUUUGGUGGUACUUAUGGGUAGCUUUCUAAGUCGGACGGGUAAAAUCACCGGCAAUUUAAUCGACCAAGCCAUUAUUUCGUCAAAGAAUGCAGAAGGAACAGAGAUGCUGCAUCUAUUUUUGAUGCAACUCGGUCAUAGAUCACCAGAAUUAACAUGCGGAUUGUUUCCGUUCGAUUGGACACUCGUUUACUCGAUGGUAGCCUCUUCAACAACCUAUUUGCUCAUAUUGAUUCAGUUCGAAAAUUCGCGCUGA